UGGAGAUGGAAAAACAUAACCGUGUCGUUGGUGCACGCCCUGAUAAGUAGUUGUUGGGCAGUGUAUUGUUUUUAUAAGUCACCUAAAUUGGCAGAAGACUUAAUUAGUACCUACACGGUGUUAUCUCAUUCAUUAGUAGCUGUAUCUAUGGGUUAUUUUAUUUAUGAUGUAUGUGAUAUGUUAGUAUAUCAAAGAACAAGACAAUCAUUAGAACUUUUAGGCCAUCAUGCUGUGAUAUUGGUAGCCUUUUCAAUCAGCGUAUUUACCAGGUUAUAUGUUGGUUAUGCUCUAGUUAGUCUAUUGGUUGAAUUAAACAGUAUCUUUUUACACUCCAGGCAGUUAAUGCAAAUAUAUGGGUUUGCUAAAAAUAAUUGUUUUUAUCGUUUAAAUAGUGUUACUAAUUUAGGUACAUUUGUUGUGUUUAGAAUCAGUGUUUUAGCGUGGAUGACAAGAUGGAUUGUUAUCAACCGCCAUUUAAUACCUCUUGUAUUUUACUCUGUUGGCAGUAUAGGACUAGCUAUUAUAACUGUCAUGAAUAUUGUUCUGUUAUACCGACUUUUCCGUAGUGAUUUUAUU